AACCAUUUCACCCACCCUGCACCCAUCAUCAAUUCUAAUCAGAUCACUGAGCCCAUCUCGCUAACUUCAUCCCUUAGAUGUCGUUUACAGACCUAAACAUGUCCGCUACCAGGGGCAAAAAGGUAGCCAGCAAGCCGGGCAGAUUCGACCCAUCAGAACCGUUGCACAUGACGACUCGCCGCGCCGCAAAAUCCGUCACUACCAACGGCAGCCCGUCAAUCAAUGGUUCCCUGGACGGCGACGAUAGCCGCCGAGGCUCGUUCGACGACUCCCGCCCCGUCACCGCCCACAGCAACGCCAGCCAAGGCUCGAUCAAGAGCCGGCGACUUUCAGAUGCCUCUCUUCCCCCCAUUCCCCGUGAAAUCACCACCAACGGCCUGCUCUCGUCAGAUGACCGGCUCAAUGGUGACAGCUCACUUGCACCGCUCUCCCCAACCUUGCUCACUCCCUCGCCUUCUCGAAAGCGGAAAAGAUCGACAUCGCCUGUGAAUGGAAGCAGCAUCGAGUUGACCCAGCCGGCCAGCAUCCUCGACGACAGCAACAUCCCACUCGGUGUUGCAGUCGAUGCUUCCGCUAUUAACGAAGGCGAUGCGAUCGAAGUGGUCCCGGCGGAAGACCUAUCUGACCGUGAAGAGUCGCGCACCAGCUCUCGAACUGACGACGACGAUGUCCAACCCGACUAUGCCGACAUGCAAUCCGUGGACUUUACACCAGCUGUCUCGAACCCGAUAUCACCGCCUACGCGCACGUCAGACUCCGAUGAAAAUCUGCCCCAUGCUCAGACAUUGGAAGCUGCCCUCCAAGACGUUGUCCAGGCUGCGGAGGAGGAAGCAGCUGAUGCCGGCGAUGACAUGGAUAUCGAUGUCGAUGCCCAAGAUAUAGACGAAGGUGGAGAGGCUGACGGUGUAGGCCGGCCAGUCAGACGCUUCGGGGGGCGAAGAAGAGCCAUGCAUCCAAUCCCAAAGGUCGAGAAGGCUCUGGCAAGACAAGCAGAGCUCAAGUCAAGCUAUCGGGCGAUAGCUCGCAUGCAGAAAGUGGUGUUGGCCGAGAUUGCGCAACGAACUAUCGACGGUCUGGAAAGUGAUCCCCUUAUGCACUCGCAAGCAACCGAGUAUUCGUACGUGAAGAAAGGUCUUGACGAGGCUUUGGAAGAGAGGCAGUAUCGCGUGCGAUACCAAGUCGACAGCAACAUGGAACAGCUGAAGCAGAAACUAGAGGCGACCUCACUCAUGCGAAAGGCGACUUGUGUGCAAAACUUCAACGACCUGAAGGAGCUUCGCCUGGCGCAGAUCGAGCACGAGAUGUUGCGAAUUGCGAGAGCGGUUCAGAUGGAGGCUGGUAAUGGAGAGUACGAGACGGAGGACGAGGAUGACGUUCUCCCCAAGCCCAAACGCACCUGCUAUCGCUUCAAGAAGCCAAGCAAGACGCUCGACGAUGUCUACUUCUCCCGAACUCGAGAGCUCAUGGAGACCGAGCGCGCCACUGACGACUUGACCGCACGCUUUGAGGUGCGCAACAUGCUGGACGAGCUGAAUGAAGAUGAGCGGCCUGCGAAAGCAAAGGGCUUUACUGUCAUGGACGAGAGAGCCGGCAAGGCUGCCAAGGUUCGGCGUGAGGGCGUCGACAACACCGCUCUUCUGGCCAAAGCGGCAACGGAGGUGGAGAAGGCUACGGAAAUCCCGGUCAUUCGCAACGAGGAUGCUCGAGGAUUACAACUGCUCGGCGAUCUUGCGUCACGGCCGUCGAUUGCCAUUUCGACGCAAGCCUCUACCAAGCUGGGCCCGUACCCGGGCUCACGCCGUCCGUCUUCGCGCCCCAUGCCGCCUCACUUGCAGAUUCAAACGCACUACCGCCCCGCUCCAAUCACCGUCGAAAUGUCGCCUCGCACCUCGCAGGCACUUGGAGACCGCUUUGAGAGUUCUAUGCUGCCUCCGGCGACCCCGCGCAGUCGAGGUAAUCCUGUGCGUCCCGUGGAAUCUCAGCCCGAGGCAAUGCUUCCAUCGCCAAGGGUGAGCAUUACCAGAAUCAGCAGCUCUCAGCCGCCGUCGGCCACCGCUUCGGAUGGGCGUCCAGAGCCAAGCAGGAAUAGCAUGUGGGAUAUCGAUCGUGGAUCACUGGGUCCUCGACCUCCAUCAGCACCAAAGCCAGGAGCGCAAUUCUCUCCGCCACAGCCGAAUGAUCGACGAAUGGACUUUUCGCUGUGGAGAGAUCUUGGUCGUGGCCCUCCAGCUGAGGCGCAUCGACGGUCUUCGAGCCAUGAUGAACGGCCGCCGCUCACUUUUGGCAUGGGCAUGCCUCCGCGAGAUGAGAGGCAGUACGGCAUGGAGCAACGCAAGCCCGAUGCUCCUCCGCCCGCUAGGAAUGGUCUAUCCGUGUUUGACCCGGUGCGGCCCCGACCAUCGUGGCCAGAGAGAACCGGUCAGCCCGGUGCCGCAGAUACUCGACCGCAGGAGCCGCCGUUGCUUCUGUUUGAAUUGCCACCGCGUCCGACGCUGAAAGCCAAGUCGCCUCCGCCGAGACCAAACUCCUCCAUGAUGUUUACGAUGCGCGAUUUUCGCAAUACGGGUCUGGAGCAAAAGGGCCAGCAACGCGACAAGCCAAAGAAUCCGCCGAGCACCGCAAACGCUAUGAGCGUCUUCAAACCCAAGCCGACCAAAGAUGAGCGAGAAGGCAUGUCGCGAAGGAGUUGGUCGCAUCAGAGGAAGUUGAGCAAGUCGCUUGGUGGCAGUGGAAGUGCCGGAUCUCCCAUUCUCGCUUCCCCAGCAUCAAUCCUCGGCCGCAGUGAUGGACCUCCUCGCCCGCCGGUUUCGUGGCCUCCACCUCCUCCACCAGUGUCUCACUCUUCUCCACCGGCACCCGCUCCAGCGGCUCCGCACCUGCAAUCACCGUUCUCGCAACCACCCGCGCAGCCUAGCAACUUCCGCGCUGCGCCGCCACCUUUCGAUCCCUUUGCGAAUCGUCCCUUUCCGCCGCGCCCGGCAUCCUCCAGUCAUGACCGACUACCGCCGACGCCUCUGUACGUUGUAUCUCCACAAGCUACGCAGCCUCAGCAAGGCGCGGCUUCUGAGCAUUACAACCGACCUUUCGCCCCGCCCCCACCGCCUGGAUAUCAGCCUCCACAGGCGGCUCCACAAUCCCAACCUCCCCCGCCUCCGCAGACGUCGCAACCCUCCUUCCCUUCUCCAGCGCCAGGCGGAUCGUAUGCAAGCUCGUUCGGCGGGCCACCACUCGCUCCCGCUGGCGCGAAUGCGUUUCAUGCACCUGGCUUCCGUCCUGCACCGGCUUUUGCCCAGCAAGCUCAACAGCAGCAGGCCCAUCAUCAGCAGCAACAACAGCAGCAGCAAGCACAACAGGCACAGCAAGGGCAACAAGGACAACAAGGACAGCAGCAGCAGCAGCCACCGGGGUUCCGUCGUAGGGCGCAGAGCGAUGCGAGUUUUUCCAAGUUUCAUAAUUGGAAUCCGCCGACUGGGAGGCGGUGAUGUUCUUUUUUACAAGCGAAUGAUGAGUGUUUCAGAGAAUGUUAAAGGGAGGGAAGUCCCUUGAAAUCGGUUUUGUUGGAUAGCAGCGAGCGGACAUGAGCGCAUUCCUCGAAGCGCGUACGUUCAUUGAGGAUGAGGAGUGAGGAAGGCGAAGGAUCUGUGGGUGCAUGAUCUGGGCCGUUCGCUCGUUUGAGCGCCAGAUUGAUUGGGACUGUAUCUGAUAGUGUACCUUCGUAAUGCCCUCAUAAUCAGUGC